AUGGAUGACAGAAUUAGCACAUUGCCUGAUGAAAUACUUCAUUACAUUCUCUCUUUUCUGCCAGCAGAGGAAGCUGUUGCCACAAGUGUUCUAUCGAAGAGAUGGAACCCUCUCCGGCUUUCACUCACCAGUCUCAGCCUUGAUUUAGGUCGUCGGCAUCCGUUGAAUGCCGCACAACAACAAGGGAAUAUCGAGGAGGCUGAUGAUACUUACCUCUACGUAGUGUUGCUCCGAAAAAUUAGCGUGCCCCGCUCCAUUUUCAGCUGCAAAACACUUGUUGUUCUCAAAUUGAAAGGAGGAAAUGUGAGGAACUUUUAUAAUUUUGACUUUCCCUCGCUCAAAGCCUUGCAUUUGAAUGAGCUUUUCUUUUCUGAAAAUCGGUGUCUAGUGGAGCUUCUUUAUGGUUGUCCUGUUCUUGAGCAUUUGGAAGCACAUUACAUAUAUUUUGAGAGCGAUUCAUCUGACCAGAGUGAGUAUAAAAUCUUACCCAAGUUGGUGUGCGCAAGUAUACGUGGAAUGCGUAAUCCUCUGACUCCCCUGAUAGCUUUAUCCAAUGCCAAGUUUCUUCAAUUAGUACAGUGUGUUAACACCGACUUUCCUGUGUUUUCCAACUUGAUUCAUUUGGAGAUUAUCUUCCCAAUGAAAAUAGUUCCUUGGUCCUUUGUAUUUAACACACUCAAGAAUUCCCCCAAGCUUCGAUUUCUUGUACUUGAUAUGCAAAGAAUAAUCAGGCCCUCACCUUUAUUUGGAAAUGGCGUUAAUGAUGAGGUCUUCUGUUAUCCAGAUUCUGUUGCUGAAUGCCUUCGUUCACAGUUUAGAAAGUGCACCCUUGAAAAUUAUAGUGGAGUGCAAAAUGAGAAACAAUUCGCAGAAUAUAUCAUGCUCAAUUCAACAUGUCUACAUACUAUGGAAAUCCAGUGUCAGCCUUCCAUGAAUCCUGAGGAAAAACUUGAAAUGCUAAAAGAAUUGUUUGAGAUUUUGUACUCAUUUUGCAACUUGGAUAAAAUGAUGGGGGAGCAUGGGGGCAGUGAUGACAGUGUUUGGAUGGCAAAGAGGUGGAUACUGCCGCCGGCAGGAACUGUCAACCUUUGCUCGGAUGGCAGCUUCAAUCCAGUGAGCAAUCAGAUGGGGUCGGGUGGUGUUAUUAGGGACUCUCAAGGGGUAUGGUUGUGCGGGUUUCACAGCUUUGAGGAAGGAGGUAACGCCUUGCUCGCAGAAGCAAAAGCGUUGAAGAUUGGACUUCAGUUGACAUGGGAUCGAGGAUUCCGGAGUGUGGAGUGCAACAUGGACUGCAGAACAUUGGUGAGCGCCUUAGAGGAUCCAUAG